UUUUAGGAGUCUGGGAACAAUCAUAAACUUUCACGGUCUGUCCUUUCAUAACUUAGCUGGCCCGUAGCUUUUCUCUGGCUAAAAAGAACUACUCUUCUCUUAUCAAAAAUUCGACUUUAUUUGCGUUAAGGGUUGCAUUUUAAACAUGGAAAGUGCAAAACGCAAAGCUUCUUCUUCUCCAGUGAAGAAAGCAAAAAAAUCAAAAAAAGUCAGUGAUGGGAUUAAGAAGCCAACAUCAGCAUAUAUAUACUUUGUAUCUGAUUAUCGAUUGGUUUUAAAGAAAAAAGGUAAAGCUACUAAUAAAGUCAAUGAGGUUGCGAAAAUGUGUGGUACAGCCUGGAAUGCAAUGAAAGAAAAUGAGAAAGCUCCAUAUUAUGAAAAGUACAACAUAGAUAAAGCAAGGUAUUUAAAAGAGAAAGAAGCACUAGAUAAAAAAAUGGGAAAAGAUCCUAACAAACCAAAAAGAUGCCAAACUGCAUAUUUUUUUUUUCUUCAUGAUUUUCGAGAACAAAUGAAAGGAAAAGCUUUAUUAGAAGGUGAAAAAAUCCCUGCAUUAGCUGGUGAGAAAUGGAGAUCAAUGACUGAUGAUGAAAAAAAAGUAUAUAAUGAUAUGGUUCAGAAAGACAAACAAAGAUAUGAAAAAGCAAUGGAAGAGUGGAAAUCAAAAAAUCCAGACCAACCAAAGAAGUCUGUGCCUAAGAAAAAAAUUGUUGCAGAGCCAGAAGAGGAGUCAUCUGAUGAUGUUGAUGAAUCAGAAGAUGAUUCUGAGGAAGAAAGUGAAGAGGAAGAUUCUGAAUGAUCUUUUCUAAUUGUAAAUAGUGCCUGCCAACAAACAUUGAUAGCCAAUGAAUUAAGGUCAUUGAUUGGGCCACUAAAGCAGUUAUAUUGCUAUCUUCUGAAGACCCAGAGUACUCACUGGUUUUCCAGUGCAGCGUGUAAUGGAACAGUUUGUAGUUUUAAAUCUUUUACAUAAAUUUUAUUUUCCAGUAUCCUAAAACUUUAGAGAGAUUGUUCAAAAUUUGAAAUUUUAAAGAAAAAAUUGCAUUAUUUUACCAAUUUCCAAUGGAGAAGCACUUGUUUUAUAUUUCUGUGCAUUUGAUUAAGAAGUUUUAUUUAUUGUUUCAUAUUUUAAUCUUUAUGACGCCAUGUUAAACGUUGUAUAAGAGGAACUUAGUAAAUAUAAAAGGAUUUACAUUUGAUUAGAAUAGUUAGCAAAAGCUUUUAUUAAAACUGCAUGUAGUUUUCAUAUCAAAGAGUUUGUGUGCUUUUUUACUUUAUAUGGGUUAUUAUAGCCAGUUAUUGUAGUUAAAUAAUGUGGAAAUAAAUGCAUAAACUAAAAUAAAAAUAUGUAUGUUAUAUAUAUUUUUUUUGUUUUUUAUUUUUUAAUGUUUUUACUUUAGAGUUGAUUUUUUAGGUAUUGGUAUUACUGUGUAAGCCGUGCGAAUUUAUCACGUGAUUUCCCUCGGACUUUUAGUGGGAAUCCUCUUUGUUUUUGGAAACCACGUGAGCUGUUCGCGAGGUAUUUCACAGUUCUUACUCAACCAGUUAUUUAUUGAAGUUGAAUUAUUUUUAUAACAUUCUCUAAUUUACGACAAAAUAAAACUUGUUUAUGAUUUUUAUUGAGUAGUCGAAAUACAAAUUUAAACGUA